ACGGGCCAGACCGAUAGAGGAGAGAUCACGGAAUAAUCAACGGAUGCUUUCUCCUUAACUGCUCUCCUGUACUCUUGUUCUUUUAUUUCUUUCUUUGCCCCUGAGAAGAUUAGCUAGACUUCUAGCACUGUGGUAUAAGCAAUGGCGACCUUCUUUCAAAGUCCGCCAAGGGUUUGGCAGAGGCGGGAAUAACAAGAACGGCAAUAAUACCGCUCCUAAGAUUAACAAUGGAAGCCCAGCCCAGUCGCCAGCUCCUCAGGUUCCUCAGGCGAGCCCUGUCCCCAACUCACCAUCUAUCGCCUCAAACAUGCCCCUGGAAGGUCCCGCAUACGACCCUGACGCCCCCAAAUACUUUUUCCAGGAAAAGUAUGCCCCAUUAAAUGUAAAAGGUAAUUUUUUGACAUUAUGCGCCUGUCCUAAGAAUGUGGAGCUUGGAGAAUGGUUAGCGCAUCAGAUCGUUGAACAGUAUCGUUUGCUCCAUGGUAUGCUCCAGGUUAUCCAGGAAGUCAAUGGUGUUACCGGCGUCCCGAUAUGCAAUGAGACCACCUGCCCGACCAUGUCCGCUGGCCGCCUAACCUAUACCUGGCUCGUGGAUGGUCGCGCUGCUAAGAUCUCUGCCCCAAAGUUUAUCAAUCGCGUUGAGAAAUGGAUCAUCAGCAAGAUCCACGACCCCGUCAUGUUCCCCACAGACAAGGUCAACGGCCUACCCGAUACUUUUGCACUCCACGAAAUCUCGGGAACCAGCCCCUCCAGUCCUAGUGCGAAUACGCCUACCGAGGAAUGGAUUGGCAAAUCCAGUGGUUUUCCCCAGACAUUCUACAAGGACUGCCAAGGAAUUAUGAAGCAGAUGUUCCGUUGCUACGCCCAUCUGUACCAUGCGCAUUGGCUGCACCCUUUCUGGCACAUUAACAAACACGACAUCCUCAACAUGUGCUUCGUACAUUUUGUUACUGUUGCCAAAUACUACAAGCUUGUUUCCGACAAAGAGAUGGAACCCAUGCAACCACUGAUCGAUCUCUUUAUCAAGCAGCAGAGAAUCCCUCCGGAGGCACUCUCGGGUGGUCACUGGGGUCAACCAACCUCUAGCUGAGCUAGAGGUCGUCAUCUUCCUAUGUUUACUAGCAGUUGAUCGUCUUCUAACCUGGUGUUAGAAAGUUGUUAACCUUACGAUCAAGUCUUGCAUCCCUUUCCUGGCUUCCUUCUCUUUCUGUUUCGUUUUCAAUGCUUCGAGUCGUAAAAGCGUGAAAUAGCGGAUGGCACCGCCUAAGUUGAGAGUUUGUGCAUUUAGAAUGUGAUGUGAAUAUCUCUUUCUUGUUAUCUCUGCAUACCCCUCGGUUUUCGAUAGUGUUGAGAUUUAAUCAUCAACGCCGUUGCUUUUAGUCUAAGUAAACAGAGCGCAUAACUCCUGGGCAAGCACAUAUGGUUGGAUGCAAUGUUCUUGAUUUUUCUGGGACAAACGUGAUGUGCAAAUGACCU